AUGAAGCCCCCAAGCCGCCUCGUCGUCGCCUCCGUAGCCGGGCUGCUCGUCGCCGCGUCGCUGCUGGUCACCAACCUCUUCACCUCGCCGUUGCCGUUCCUCCCGUGCCUGCCCGUUGUCACAGCCCCAUCGGGCGCCGGGUACGAGCCUUCCGGCCUCGCGGCGCUCGCCGACGCCGCCGUGUACUAUGCCACCACGCCGAACGUGCCGCAGCAGACGCGCGACGAGAUCUCGCUCUCCCUCGCCGUGCUCCGCCGCCGCGCGCCGAUGCGGCUGCUGGUGUUCGGCCUCGGCUACGACUCGCCGCUCUGGCACGCGCUCAACCCCGGCGGCGUCACCGUCUUCCUGGAGGAGGACCCGGAGUGGUACCGCGUCGUCCGCACGGAGUCGCCGUUCCUGCGCGCCCACCUGGUCCAGUACCGCACGCAGCUCGACCACGCCGACAUCCUCCUCCAGUCCUACAAGCGGUUUCCAUCCUGCGUCCCCGGCGCCGGUGCCGAGGGCGCGGAGCCUCCCAUGUUUGUCCGCGGCAACGACGCGUGCCCGCUGGCGCUGCACAACCUGCCGCCGGAGGUGUACGAGAACGAGUGGGACAUGCUCAUGGUGGACGCGCCCAAGGGAUACUUCCCGUCGGCGCCGGGGAGGAUGGCGGCGAUAUGGACGGCGGCAGCCAUGGCGCGUUCUAGGCGUGGCGAGGGGAACACCGACGUGUUCCUGCACGACGUCGACCGCAGGGUGGAGAAUAUGUACGCCGAGGAGUUCCUCUGCGCUAGGUUCCGGGUGGGAGGGACCGGCAGGCUCUGGCAUUUCAGUAUCCCGCCGGUGUCACGACGGGGGAAUACCACGGCGGCGGCCGGCGGGGGCGAGAGGCCGUUUUGCUGA